AUGUUACAGCUCCAAGAUUCAAGGCCACGCUCUUCCAGAUAUGAGUGGCAAGGGGGCAAGGGGGAGAUGGACAGGAGGCUCUUGCAGAUGCAUCUAGGCCAGCAUAUGUCUAGGCAAGCAUAUGAGGGCCUAGAUCCUGUGGAGCAUGUAGGAUAUUGCAGCAGCUUCUAUCUUCGCCAUGGAUCCAUAGAUAUAUAUUCAUACCGGGCUCGGCAGGCAGUCCCAGAAUUCGGGAAUAUCAAUCAGUGCGAGGGCAACGGCCCCCUUUUGAGCAAGAAUAUCUUGUCGACAGCAGGAGCAGCACUUUGUAUCCCAUAUGGAGCACUCAAGAGUCAGCCAGCUCUCUUCUCUCGAUACUCCGUGGUGGUCCAAAGCUCCAGCCUGCCGCUACAGGCCGAGAGACUUGCGGGCAGCUUCGCAGCGGGCGCGGCGCCAAAGUCAAUGGCAGCCAGGCAAGGCACUCUUGACUGGCCAACCAGUUACUCCGGAGCAGAGGGAGGAGAAGGGCCAAGAGUGAACCACGCUGGCGACAGAAGGACAAGCCCACGAUCUGAGACAACGACGGCUGAAAAGAGCGUCUCUCCCUCGCUCUCUGGGGAUCUCCAUCGAGCUGAAGAGGCGGCUUGGAUCGCUGGAUUAUUUAUGAUGCUGACGGCUCGUCGUUUUGCGUAUGGAAAAAAGGAACAGAAAAAGAAACGAAGCGAUUCUCGCGGUUUGUUGUGUUGUUGUUGUUUUGCCACCGAGGUAUUAUCAUAUAUCAUGAUCUGGGCAGUCAACAACGACAACGACAACGACGACGACAACGACAACGACGACGACGACGACGACGACGAUGACGAAGACCUGGUUUGGAAUAAACGUCACUCCGUUAUAAGCGCCAGCCGCUGCCAGGGGACGGUGGGAGCAAGAAGAGUGGCGCCACAGAAUAACUAA